UAAGAAGACACCUUCACACCUUCCACAACACAAAACAGAGCAUAGCUAGCAACAACAAGGUCUUAUAGUUUAAGACUUUUUUUCUUUUUCUUAAGAGAGAAUCAAAUAGUUCUUGAGAGAAAUGGAUAACGUGAGUGUUUUCGCAAAGGGAGAGAACCAACUGAACGGAGAGAAGCCCCCACCGCAAGUGUGUGCAAGGUGUAGCUCUGUUAACACAAAGUUCUGCUACUAUAACAACUAUAACAUGUCUCAGCCGCGCUACUUCUGCAAGGAAUGUCGUCGAUACUGGACUCAAGGUGGGACUUUGAGGAACGUCCCGGUUGGUGGAGGUUGCCGUAAGCCCAAGCGUCCAAGGAUAGAACAAUCCUCUGUUUCUCAGGUGGCUACCUUUGAGAACCAACCAGUUAAUCAUCAACCUUUGAGACUUGUUCAUGAAAACAACGAGUCUGUUGGACUUUUUGGUGGUUCUACUUCUUCUUCCUCUUCUCCUGCUGCUGUUGCUGCCGUUCUUGGGAAGCAUUUGGGUUAUUUGGCUGAACUUCGUGGUGUAACCAAUGUGCCUCAAGUUCGAGGUCUUCGACCUGUACUGCUGGAUCGCUUGGAUUUUGUGGAUCAGCACAAGUGGAACCAAAGCAUCAACAACACUAUGAAUGUGAAUCAUGAAGCAAGCUCUAGUGGAAGCAGAGGAUCUUCAGACACCGAGACGAACAGCAACAACGACAACAAAGAUCAGAAGUACCUGUUUGAUUAGAUCUUCUUAACAAUUUGGAAAAAACAUGGUCCUUGAGUUUAUCGUAUUACAUGUUCUCUAUGUCUUAAGUUAAUGUUUCGUUCUGUUUUUUUUUUUGUUGGGUCUUUUUUAGUUCUUUAAGUUUGCAUCUUUGUA